AUGCCGAAUGUGUAUGCAGAAGACGCGGCCACGCCGGCAGAGGAGGAGCCAGCCGGCUGGAAGGACGAGCAGGCGCUGGAGGAGGCGACCGUGGUAUUUGCUGAGCAUGCUGAAGAAGAAGAAGGCGAGCAGGACUGGCAGGGCGAAGGUGACGCCCCGAAGCCAGACGAGGAGGGCCAGCCCGAGGAGGGGGAGUUGACCGAGGAGGUAUCGGCAGCGGCUGAGAUGGACGACGCAGCAGCAGAGACCACUGCGGGAGAGACUGCCGCCGGAGAGGAGGCAAAACUGGCGGAUGAGGUCGUCGAGGAGGAGAAGGAAGACGGCGGCGCCUGGUGGACUGAGGAGAAGCCCACAGCUGCAGAGGGCGAGCAGGCGGACCAUGCCGAGCAGGCCGACCAGGCCGAGGCGGCCGCCCCUGCAUCCGAUGAUCCUGCUGGGUGCGUAGACAUAGAUGUUGGCUGGGAAACCACGGCCUGGCUGCUGGAAGAGGAUGGCCGGCGGCUCCGGAAGCUGGAACGCCUGGCUGGCGGGGAGGCCGAAGCCACCGAGGAGGGCCAGCUGAAGGUGACACCCUCCUCCGCCGAGCCGCCUCCUGGUGGCUGCGGCACCGGACACAGCUGGUGUGAACUCUGCGCGCGGGCACUGUGUGCCAUGCGCACCGGCGAGGAUGUCGAGCUGCCCACGGCCGUCGUCGAGGCUGCAUCAUCCGUGGACUUUGCUGAUGGCCUGGGCAUCCUGAUCAUGGAGGUCCCUGCUGCUGUGUCGAAGAAGCCGAUCAGCGGCAAAGAUGGCGCGAAGCUGCUCGAGCUGUGCGAUAGCCUGGACGUCGUGGCGGUGUUCACGACUGCUUGCAAAGAGGCCACCGGUGGCGGGGAGUCGCAGGGCUUCGCAGAAGGAGAUGUGGUCGAGGGGAAGUUUGGCAACAGUUGGUUUUCGGCCGUCGUGGUGGAGGCGGCAGAGCCAGGCAGCCAGGUCAAGGUCAAGUGGGACUUCGACAGCUCUGAGGCCGAGCUGGAGGCCUCGGAUGUGCAGCUCAAGGAGGCGAAGGCAGCUGCGGAGGCUGUGGAAUAUCAUGCUGGCGACAAGGUGGAGGCCAAGUACGGGAGCAGCUUCUUUGACGCCCAAGUCCUUGAGGUGACAGAGGAUGGCAAAGUGAAGAUCAAGUGGGGCCACGACAGCUCCGAGGCGGAAUUGGAUGCCUCCGAGGUGAAGCCGAAGGAGGACUCCCAGGAGAAAGGAGAAGCGGAAGGCCCCCCUGCAGACCUCAAAGAGGGAGACAAGGCGCGCGGUCGUUUCAAGCUGGCAAGUGCAAGGUCAAACGAGUAG